UUUCCGCCGACGCCGUCAAUUUGACCGCUCUCGACUGCCUCCAUCAUGGCAGUCAAUAUGCGAAGCUAGACUAAUGUGAUGUAUUCACUGCAACACGGAGUGAAUUUGUCGCGGCGUGCAUGCAGGGGGUUGCUGGUUCUAAUAUUACUCGGACCGUUAUGGGGUGCGGGGGCGGUUGCGAUUGUCCCUCUCGAUCGUACGGAUCCCGGGUCUUUGCAAUUCCCUCCUGUUUAUCCGAACAAUUACGCCGAUGGUGUCUCGAACGUUGCGUCCGUUCCCACCGUCACCACCGACAGGCCCCAGUCCAAGAAUGAGGUGCCAACGGAUAUGCCCCCGACUCUUGAGGUGGCCACCGAAGGGCAGCCUCAGAAAAAAAAGCCGGUGGAAAGGUAUCCGGUCAUUUCGGUGUCGUUUCACAGAGUCGAAACGCCCUUCAUCAUCGGUUUAUGGAUAUUUUGCGCCAGCUUGGCCAAAAUCGGUUUCCAUAUGGCCCCAAGGCUGAGCGCCAUUUUUCCGGAAUCGUGCCUCCUCAUUUUCGUGGGAGUAGUGAUCGGGGUGGUCCUGGUGUACAUCACCGACAGCGUUCACGUGUCUCCAUUGACACCAGACACGUUCUUUUUCUACAUGCUACCGCCCAUAAUAUUGGACGCAGGCUAUUUCAUGCCCAGCAGACUGUUCUUCGAUCAUCUCGGCACCAUUUUGUUAUUUGCUGUUAUAGGAACUAUUUUUAAUACCUUACUUAUAGGUGCUUCCUUGUGGGCGGUAGGACUAACGGGCCUGUUCUCAUGUAAAUCCUCUCUGCUAGAUAUGUUCCUCUUCGGCUCGCUGAUCUCUGCGGUUGAUCCGGUCGCCGUACUAGCGGUUUUCGAAGAGAUCCAGGUGAACGAGAUCCUCUACAUCGUUGUGUUCGGCGAAUCGCUGCUUAAUGACGCGGUCACUGUGGUCCUAUACAACCUGUUCGAGUCUUACAAAGAGAUGGGCUUCGAGAAUAUCAUCUACACGGACGCGUUGGCAGGCUUGACCAGCUUUUUCGUGGUGGCCAUCGGGGGCACUGUGAUCGGUGUGAUUUGGGGCUUCGCCACCGCCCUAGUGACUAGGUUUACAAACGAAGUGCGCGUAAUCGAACCUAUUUUUAUAUUCGUUAUGGCCUACUUGGCGUAUUUAAAUGCCGAGAUAUUUCACAUGUCCGGGAUUUUAGCGAUUACUUUUUGUGGCAUUACGAUGAAAAACUACGUCGAGGCGAACAUUUCGCACAAGUCUCACACUACCAUCAAGUACGCAAUGAAAAUGCUAAGCAGUUCAUCGGAAACUAUCAUUUUCAUGUUCCUCGGGGUAGCAACUGUCAACAGGAACCACGACUGGAACACUUGGUUUAUUUUGCUAACUAUUUUGUUUUGCUCGUUGUAUAGGGUUUUAGGGGUGAUCGUGUUUACCGCAAUAGCAAAUCGUUUUCGAAUUCAUCAGCUCAGCAAAGUGGAGAAAUUUGUGAUGUCUUACGGCGGUUUGAGGGGAGCGGUCGCGUUCGCACUGGUACUCCUCAUCGAUCCUAAGAUCGUACCACUUCAACCUAUGUUCAUGACAACUACCAUAACCGUUGUCUAUUUCACUGUAUUCAUUCAAGGAAUUACAAUAAAACCGUUAGUGAAAAUUCUUAACGUGAAAACGGCCGAAAAGCGGAAGCCAACCAUGAACGAAAGAAUACACGAAAGGCUGAUGGACCACGGAAUGGCUGCCAUAGAGGAUAUCGUCGGGCAACAUGGCAAUUACCAUAUUCGAGACAAAUUUAAACGUUUCGACAACAGAUUCAUCCGACCUUACCUGAUGCGCAACCACCAAAGCGCAGAACCGAAAAUAUUAGAAACUUACUCGAAGCUAGCAAUGAGGGACGCUAUGGAAUACAUGCGUCGCAACGCUUCGACCAUCGGCAACAUUUCAAACACCGAAAGCAUGUCGGCCAUAUUCAGGAACUACACCUCGAGUGGUAACCUCAACGGAAGGUGCGCCCCAAAAUUAAUAACCUGUUCCAGUUUAAGUCAGAUAGAUUCGAGCACUUGGAACAUCGACAUGCAGGAAUUGGAGUACAAUCCUUCAAAAAAAGACCUGACCGACGCCAAAAUUCACCAUUUGCUUGCUGAGGAGUUGGUCAAACCUUAUCGACGGCACCGGAGACUAAGUUACAGCCGACACGCUGUAAACGAUCGAGAUCUAUCUACUCAAGUCAAUUACAAGAUGCACUACAAUAUGAGGCGACUGGUGGCGGACAAAAAGCAUCAUCACAGUCAUAAAAGGCACAGCAAGAAAUUAAAUAAAGACGGAAAGCAGAAUCACGUCAGUUUCCCAGAAUUCCAACAAAACGGAUCGGCCAAGCAAUUCUCUCAUGAUUACAUAAGCGAAGUGUUGAACGAAGACGUGGACACUGAGCCCAAAUCUAACCGAGAAGAUUGGGAUAGCCCAAUCACAUUUACAGCCAAAUCUUCUCCCAGUACCGGGGAUGAAAACAGCGCCAGUUUCGCUAGUCAAACUGUUCCAUUGAUGGAACCGAAACCUAAAAAGCCGACUGCGAUCGAAAGCAGUUUCCCUUGGAGAAGGGAUCGCCAUGUUACAGAUGAAAGCAUUUUCUCUGAUCCUGGCAAACGAUUGUCCCGAGGUUCUAUAGACGGAGGUGAUUUAAUGCGCGUCACAACCCCAACAGCGACAGAGAUGAUGUUGCCGUGGAAACGCGACGAGGAAGAAAAUUCGGCGCCACUGCAGCAAUCGGAGUUUCCGGCAUGGGCGUCCAACAAAGAAUACCUGGCCUAUAAUUCCCCAUCCGCCACCUUUUUAGGAGGUUUGGAAAAUCCUAGAUCGUCCGUCAUCGGCCUAUUUCGACGCGAGAGCAUUGGGUCGGAUCCGACGAACAGCGCAGAAUCGACCCCUCAGAGGGAACGUAGAGGUUCGCUCAACAGAAACAUCUCCCUCCUGCUCGUCGAAGAUGGAGAAUCGGAUCCGCUGGGCGCUUUACAGAAACCCCAAAUAGCUCAGCAACAAUUAGGGUCUCAACAGUUUCCUGGUCCCUUACCUCCGCCGCCCCAUACACCAGGUCAGAGGCGUCAGGGGCGGAGGGGUUCAAUGCUCGAGCUUAGCGGAUCGAUAACAAGAGACACUAUACUUGAAGAACCACCCCUGCAAACUUCGUCUCUGAAACGACCAGCUUGGCUUCUCCAAAAUCGACAGCAACGUCCCAGCUUUUGUCGACAAGGUACCCUGGGCGUCGCACUAAUGGGUACCGUGUCAUCGCCGUCAUCGGACUCCUCCUCAUCAGACGAAGACAACGAUAUGCUCAUGAAGAACGCGGAAUUCUGAUCGAAAAGAACUGCCCUGAACAAGGGCCCAAUAUCAAAAUCGCUUAGCCCGAUUCUGAAUAACAUUCAGAGUAAAUAUCAGGUGUUUACGAAGAAAUUGGGUCGCGAUUUGGUUUAGAUUCAAACUUAAUAACUUAAUAAACUCGCACGCUUAGGAAGUCCAGCUAUCCUACACAAAGCAAUAGCUUGGCAACUGAGACGAAAAAGUUCUUGCUCAUAAAUGUGCGUUCUCAUUGGUUGAGUCUGUUGAGAACAGACCUAAGAAUUUAUAAAUGUGGACUGCACUUUUCUGUCCUUUACUUAUCAACUUAAAAAUUCAAUUUGAAGGUUAACGAAAAUUUUGCACGAUAUUUAAAAUGUGCACCUGUCUUUAUGUGAUUAGAAAAAUACUGUUUAGGCCUCAAUAAAAGAUUUUUUAUAACACCUGAUAAUUGAAAUAAUAUGACAAAAAAACAUAUUGCAAUUCACAGAUUAUUGCUUACCAGUGCUGAAACUUGCGGCUACCAUUUGGAUGUACCAACUCUGAGACAAAAGCAAGAUACUUGAUUUAACUCGAACUUUUGCCCAUUGCGCGUUGCAUUUAAAAUUAAUUUAAUAUAAAUAAACUUAAACUUGUAAACCAUUUAAAAGCGCUUUUAGUUGAGAAGGGCGUCAUUGUACUUAACGGCUAAAUGGUUUUAACUGAUCGCAAAUACGUAGAUGAUAAAUUUUCGUCCAGAAAUACAAUAAAAAUUAUAGUUCAUGUAGACGUAGCAACGAUUUGAAAACACCAUUGUUUAUUUGGUAAUUGUUAUUAAUCGAACGUUAAUUUGAUUCUAUCAAAAUGGUCAAACAGUUUAACGAAUUGAUUGAAGAGAGAAUGUUUUCUGUUUUUAAUCGGCAGCAACUGGUUUGGCCAUUUAGUGCGUUUCCAAUAAACCACUUGUUGACACCCACAUUUUGUGAACGAUGCGUAAAUGUUAUGUUUUCCUUGUACAAAUAAUAACUUCAAUUGGGAUUUGGCAAAGGAAAGCCUUUGAUCUCCAUCUUUUGAAGGUUUAGGUAAAUUUGACGAGCCUUGAAAUUGCAACGCAAUUUUUAUGUCAGCAAAUAAAAAUUACGAAAUUAUUCCACACGAUGUUAAUGUUAACGUUUAAGGUACAAAUAAAUCUACUUUCAAUCCUCGUGGCAUUUUGAAAUCUAUGGAUCCUUAUUAUUUUAUUAAUAUAAUUUAAAAAUAUAUUUACCGUACUUGAUUAGAUCAAAAUAAAGGAACACGGAAUGUUUAUAGAAUAGGUUGAACAUAUUUGGAUAACAUAUCACUCCGCAAAAGCCCCUAUAAAUUCUAUUCUGCAAUCUUAAAUUCAAUUUGUUUGGUAGGAGUACUGUGAUAUAUGGGCAGACAACCAACAUUACAUGCUUCAUUGGUCACGCACCCUCACACGAGGGCAUGUAAUGUUGGUUGCCCUUCUGAUCGUAUGUGGCAAUCAAAGACGUUGAAUCCAAGCAUGAAUAUUUCCUAGCGGCACACCGAUUAUAUUCUAACAAUAAUAAUUCUUUUAACUAUGCCAUUUUUGCUCUUUGAGAAAAGUUUUGUUGCUAAAAAUUAUAAUAUAAAAAUAAUGAAUAAGAAAAUGUUUUUUUUUAUAACACCUGUCGAUUUGGACUGAUUUAAUGGAUAAAUUGUCGAGUCUCCUUUGGAUAUAACGCCUUUGAUCGCGUGUUGAAUAGCAACAUUUUUAGAUGUCAAAAAAGUAGACGUAUUUGAACCUGUCAUUCAGCGGAUAAGAGCAUUAUUAAUAAUAUAGGGUAUAAUAGUAAUGUAAAAAAAUAGUUAUUGUUUAAAUAAUAUUGUUAGCGUUGCCUUGUAAGUAUUACGUUUGCAUUUAAACAUUAGUGAAAUAAGGGAAUGCGUAAAAUGUUCUCAUUCGACGGCAGAGAUUAUCUAGGAUACUGCCUCAGUAACGUAGCUUGUUAAAAAUAUUCUUCUAAAUAUUUAGGUACUUAUACCAUCUUAAAAAUAGUUUAUAAAUAUCUGGUUUUCUGGUUAAGCCAAACGCAUUAAAAGAAGUAUACGUGCAGACCUGAUCUGAAAACCGUGCUAUCAAGGGAGAUGAUAAAAUAUUUAUAAAUUAUUAUUUAAAUAUUUAUAAAAUAUUUAAAUCGAAACAAUUUUCUUAGGCAAUAAUAUUCUUUCGUAGUACGUUUAAGAGCACGCCAGGGCCGUUUAAUCACUCAGUCUUUCUUUCAAUAAUAGCAGCACUUAUUACAUUUUUUUCUAAAAAAGGUAUGUAAAUGCAGAGCUAUAACAUUUUCUCUCAAACUAAACUAAAUUGAUUGAUUGGUAAUGCAUUUAUAAGUCCUAAAAUAAUAAUAAGCUGCCCUCGUAUAUUCUCGAAUGGUCUGCAUUUAAAUGCAAUUCGUUUACCAAUUUUACGUAUAUAUAAGUUUAGGUUAGCUUGGAUUAGGAUGGUGUGGAUUGUGUAUAUAUAAGAUUGUGCCUCAACGAUUCGACCAGAUAAAAUUUUCCUUAAAAUAUCUUAAAUAGUACUAUCAAAUACCUACUUCUAUUACCUAUUCCAUUAAUCAUUUUUCGAUUAAACUGAUCCGCGCGAAGAAAGAUGUAGUAGGAUUUUGGGGAGGUGUAUUUCAAUAAAAUUGUUAUACCAGUUACGUUCCGCUCGUUACUUUGCCAGGCGAGAAAAUAUUUUUCACUAAGCUUCGUUAACUAGUAAGCUUGUAAAUAUUAAUUGUAACUUCUUGUAGAAAAAUAUUUUUACAUCCCGACAAUAGGAAAUUUACGUAAUGGUGAUUAUAAGAAAUUGCAAAAACUUGUUACAGAAUUCUUAAAUAAAUUACAUUUA